GGGCAGCUCGGAGCGUGCGGCUGGGGAGGCGGGGGCGCCGGGGAGGGUGCGGGGAGCUGGCGGGGCGGCUCAGGGACACCCGGGCGCCCGUCCCUGCCUGCGCGGGGGAGCGAUCACCGGGCUGGAGGCACGAUCGGUCGGAUCGGUCCGCCCCCGGGCCUCCCUCCGUGCCCACCUACCUACCCCCGGGGCGCCCGGGGAGCAGCGCGCUCCGGCGCCGAGCGGGACGGAAACCACAAAUAAAUAGCGGCGGCGGCAGCGCGUCAUCUGGCGGAGCAGGAAGUGCAGGCAGAGUCCAGGGCUGGUGCUCGCGGCGCCGCCGGGACUUGGCCAUGGGCUGGGGGCCGCGGCAGCCGCGAGCGGCCGGGCGAGGGCAGCGCAGGCUGCGUCCUCACCGGGGCUGAGCCGCCGCGACCAGCGGGGCGCGCGGAGAUGGCCGCGUCCAGCAACUCCAGCCUGUCCGGCUCCUCCGUGUCCUCCGAUGCUGAAGAAUACCAGCCUCCGAUAUGGAAAUCUUACUUGUACCAGCUACAGCAAGAGGCCCCUCGUCCCAAGAGGAUCAUUUGUUCUGGGGAGGUGGAAAACAGACCAAAAUAUUACGGAAGAGAGUUCCAUGGGAUCAUCUCGCGGGAGCAGGCUGAUGAGCUUCUCGGGGGAGUGGAGGGCGCCUACAUCCUCAGAGAGAGCCAGCGCCAGCCGGGAUGCUACACGCUAGCUCUGCGGUUUGGAAACCAGACCUUAAACUACAGGCUCUUCUACGAUGGCAAACACUUUGUGGGCGAGAAGAGGUUCGAGUCCAUUCACGACCUGGUCACCGAUGGCCUGAUAACCCUGUACAUAGAAACCAAAGCCUCCGAGUACAUUUCCAAGAUGACCACAAACCCCAUCUACGAGCACAUCGGGUACGCCACGCUGCUCCGAGAGAAGGUGUCCCGGAGGCUGAGCCGGUCCAAGAACGAGGCGAGGAAAGCGAGCGUCACGAGUGAAGAGCACCCCACGGUGGAAAAGAUCUCCUCCCUGGUCAGGAGGGCCGCUCUCACGCACAACGACAACCACUUCAACUACGAGAAGACACACAACUUCAAGGUCCAUACAUUCCGAGGCCCGCACUGGUGUGAAUACUGUGCCAACUUCAUGUGGGGGCUCAUCGCCCAAGGGGUCCGGUGCUCAGACUGUGGUCUGAACGUGCACAAGCAGUGUUCCAAGCACGUUCCCAACGAUUGUCAGCCGGACCUCAAGAGGAUCAAGAAGGUGUACUGCUGUGACCUCACCACGUUGGUGAAGGCGCACAACACCCAGCGCCCCAUGGUGGUGGACAUAUGCAUUCGGGAGAUCGAAGCAAGAGGAUUGAAGUCGGAAGGUCUUUACAGGGUCUCCGGGUUCACCGAACACAUCGAAGAUGUCAAAAUGGCAUUUGAUAGAGAUGGUGAAAAGGUAGACAUAUCUGCCAACCUCUACCCAGACAUAAACAUCGUCACUGGAGCCCUUAAACUGUAUUUCAGAGACUUACCCAUUCCUGUCAUCACCUACGAUACCUAUUCCAAAUUUAUAGAAGCAGCCAAAAUCGCCAACGCGGACGAGAGGCUGGAAGCCGUCCACGAGGUGUUGAUGCUGCUGCCUCCUGCCCACUACGAGACCCUGCGGUACCUGAUGAUCCACCUGAAGAAGGUGACUAUGAAUGAAAAGGACAAUUUCAUGAAUGCCGAGAACCUGGGGAUUGUGUUCGGGCCCACCCUGAUGAGGCCCCCCGAGGACAGCAUGCUCACCACCCUCCACGACAUGCGGUACCAAAAGCUGAUUGUGCAGAUUCUAAUAGAAAACGAAGAUGUUUUGUUUUAGCCCGCCGGGCAAAUGGGCUGCAUGGAAGUUCAGAAGGCUCCAGGGAUAAAAACGCUUCUUACACUUGGUUUGUUUUCCAAACAAGUGACAGCGUUUCCUGGGCCGCAGCGGACGGCCCCGUCGGCUCCUGUGUCUCAUAGACACUCGCUUCCUCCACGUGAGAACCGCGCAGGCGAGGAGGAGAGAAGACCCUCUUGGGGCCUUCGCCGUGCCUCCAAUGUAUGUCUGUUUUGCUGGAAGAGUGAUUAAUAAAUCUUUCUUUAACUUAUUAAAAAAAAAAAAAAAAACCAAUGUAGACCUUCCUACUUCAGGUUUAUCAGUAAUAAAAGGGAACUUCAUUCAGAGAGGUACUUGAUACAGUUAAACAUUUUCCACUUACGAAAAGAAAAAGACGAUUCUAUACGUUAAAUGUUAAAUGAGACUUAUAUUGUAAAAUGGAUUUUUAUUUUAGCUGCAAGAAUGUUCCUUUAUUUUAGCAAAUAGAACUCAAUGCAGUGCAUUGGUUAUCGCCCUGUGUACCUUGUCCUGCCUUCGUGCUGUGAUCCCUGGGGGAGUUUCCCAUGAAUGCAGUAUUAUCUUGACAUACCUCCGUCCUGAUCAGUGCUUUCCGGCGAAACUUCACCUGCCGCCUGUGUCCCUGCUUUGGAUCCUUUCUGCCGUGAAGCACUGGCAUUGUGCUAUCGUAGGGUAUAUGUUUAUAGCAAUUGUAAGAAUAGACUGGAACCGUGGUCGGCAAACUGUGGCUCUCGAGCCACAUGCGGCUCUUUGGCCCCUUGAGUUUUUAGCAAAGGCCAGCUUAGGAGGACCCUAAUGAAGUUAAUAACAAUGUACCUACCUAUAUAUUGUAGUUUAAGUUUAAAAAAUUUGGCUCUCAAAAGAAAUUUCAAUCCUUGUACUGUUGAUAUUUGGCUCUGUUGACUGAUGAGUUUGCUGACCACUGGUCUGAAACAUCCACAAACCUUCUUCCCAUAAAAAUGUCCUAAAGUCUCAAAGUCUGUUUGGAAUUGGUUGUGGUCUUUCCAUGUCAUGUGUGCAGACCCCAGAACAUGCAGCAUGUGGUCAUUUUACAUCAGGUCAUUUGGCCACCCUGGUUGCAUCUGGGCUGCAUAAAACGUUAGCACUUUUUUGCUCCCCUUUUCUUUGCAGACCAGCACUCAGAGUUCAUCUGUUCAUGCCAAAUUGUAUUUUUGCCACAUUUCUGCAUUUAUGAAAAGCGCAUCUGCAGGAUAAUUGCUGAUUUUCGUUUCAUUUUUGUUUUAUAAACAAGCCUAUUUUUCAAAGUAAGAAUGAAUGAGUUUGGUUUCCAUGAAUAUCUGUUCCUCUUUGAUCCAAGUAGCUCUGUAUGGGUAAUAAUUUAAUAGGGUUUUAUUACUACGGUUCUGGUUGGAUCUAUUUAUCUUAGCAUGAGCUUUUCACACCAAGAUUUCUAUAUUUUGUAACAUAGGGGAAAUAUUUAAAACAUCAAAAACUGUACAUCUUCAUUCCUCCCCCCUUCAGUCUUUUCCUCCGAUUGUCUGAGAUGAUUUAUGCAAUUACUCACCUGUGUUGUUUUGGGGUGACCAGGAGAAAAUUACUGUGAUAAGGGGGUUGGAAGGAGGAGGCAGCAGCGUGGUCGCCGGGCAAGUCCCCGGAUGGACUCCUGGGCACAAGAGGUAGAAAGCACUUCUGCUAGGUCUCUGCUAUCCUGGCUCCUCCCAACUGUACCGAUUGGUUUGUUGUAGCUGAUGUACUUCUUGAUACUGUCAAAACUUAUCUGGAAAUGGUUUUAUUUUGUGAAGUGGACAAUACUUUGUAAUUUAUGAUCAUGUAAAUGGAAGGAAAGGAAUUAAAUGCAUUCAAUUCUUCUGUCUAUCA